GUGGGUGUAUCAACAGAGUAGUAAACAAUGAGAAAAAGCACAGCAUGCACAGUGGAGGGGGGAAGAGAGGCUGAGAGAAGGCCAGGAGGAGGAAGCAGGAGAAGGAGAGAGCAAGGGAGAGACUGAGCAGAAGACCAGCCGCUUGGUAGGUGCAACCUCAUUUCCAAAGCCCCCUCUUUCCCCCGCAGCCCACUGUACUCGAAAAGAACUGUUUGUGUGCAUGGGUCUAGAUAAGUGUUCAUUCUGCCAACAUGCCGGGAUGGCCAAAUGGUGGCUCUGGAGCCAUAUUCAGGUCCCAAGUACAGCUCCUGGACACUCAAGAGAGAAAGAUAGAGGUGGAAGGAAAGUCCGCCCUGUGCAUUGUUCUCCUGUUCAUUCAGGGCCCAAGGAGCAGAAACAGCCACAAAAAGUGAGGCAAAGUAGGGCUACAGAUGAGGCUGUGUGGGACUACUUAGCAUCUCUGCAAUAUGGGCCCUUCUUCAGGUGUGGAAGGGGCCUUUUCAGCGGUGACUCCCUCACUGGAAUAGACUCCCCAAAAGAGGCUUACCUGGUGUCUAUGCUGAUUCUAUUUGGUUGCCAAAGACCUUUCUAUGUCCGUAGGCUUUUUAAUAUAACCUAUUUUUACCUCUACUUCUUUAUUUAUUUAACGUCUACGCCACCUGCUUCUUCCAAGGAGCUCAAGGGGGUGUACAUGGUUCUCCCCACACUCCAUUUCACCCUCACAACAACCCUGGGAGGCAGGUUAGGUUAAGAGAUGGUGACGGGCUGAGUGGCGAUUUGAACCCUGGUCUCCCAGUUCACAGUCCCACAAUCUGAACAUUACGACACUUCUACAGAUUGCUUUUAUGAUGCUCUUUUAAACCCUGUUGUCUUCAGUGCUUUGUCUUAAAUUGGGAGUCAAUGAAAGACUGGGUAGGUUUCCCUAAAUUAUGAAUAUUAGAGUUGUCUCAUAUUUUAUGGGCAAAGGUUCUGUUUCUUCACCUUCUGAAUUUUUGCCUGUCACAGUUGAAAGUGGUUUCUGGUGGAAAGAUGCAGUGAUGUGCAAUACUGUACCUGCUGAAUUUCUGGCUGUUGCACAGUGGGUUCAAGCAGGGGUAGCCAAUAUGGGGCCUGUCAGUCAUUGUUGCCCCCCCCCCAACUCCCAUCAUCCUUGACCAUUGGCAGUGUUGGCUGAGGCUGGGGGGAGCUGGCUCUCAGGAGAGGGCUUUUGGUGAGUGGCUCUGGUUUAAACAUAUUGGCCACAGUGCCCUAAACCAUUAUUUGAUUCCAAAUGCACAUAUGCUGGCAAGCCAAGAAAAUUCCAUUAUCAUUAUUUGUAUGUAUUGGGAAGUAAGGUACUUGGAGACAGCCUGCUUCCAGACAGAGGCUUAAUUUGCAAACGAGACACUGAGAUACUGCAAAUGGGAUAUUGGCAACAGAGCUGGGGUUUCGGGUUGUUGGGUUUUUAUUUAUUUAUUUACCAGCUUUUCCCUGGGAGAGGUAACUUCAGAUGAAAUGGGAGAUAUAGGCUGGCGUUUUAAUGGCAACAAACUGCCUGCUAAGACCUUGUAUGCGUGAAGAACAGUGAUCCCACAAUAAACCCUGUUUGGAAACACCCUCCCACUGUAUUCAAUGGGGCUUACCCUCAGGAAAGUGCGUAUAAUUCAGCCUUCAUGAUCUGCCUCCAACUAUCUGGUAGUACAAGGAGCUAAGUUUGAAUAAAUCUCAAUGGGCCAACUAGUUUUCUUAUGCCUCCAAUAAUCCAUUUCAAAAUCUUGGAAGACGUACAAUCACCCACCACCUUUGUGCACCUAUAUUCUCAGGGGAAAGAUGAGCAGAGAUGCCAAAGCUCCUUGGGCUCAAUCUGGUUAUGAACAUAAGAAGAGCCCUGGUGGAUCAGGCCCAUGGCCCAACUAGUCCAGCAUCCUGUCCUCACAGUGGCCAACCAGAUGCCUGUGGGGAGCCUACAAGCAGGAUAUAAGCAUAACAGCACUGUCCCGUCCCCCCUGCCAUGGUUUCCAGCCACUGGUACCCAGAAUGAUGCUGCCUAUGAUUGCAGAGGCAGACCGUGAAUGAGGCAAAACCAAAGAGGCUUCCUUUUAUGGCCAAUGGCCAAAAGCCAUGUCAAACUUUGCUCCCUUGCUUCCUGAGCAUCCAGGGCAGUCUGUGAAUUGGGGAAUGCCUGUUGCUCAGUGGUAGGUCAAAUGUAUUAUGUGUGAAAAGUCCCAGGUUUAACUCCCAGAAUCUCCUGGUUAGGCUGCCCAGGCGAAAAAGAGGGAAUUCAGCAGGUACAGUUACAGAAAUUUCCUCUUUCACACUACUAUUCCCCUGGCUUCUUUUUCAUCUAGUCACUCGACUCCAGGAAGAGCUGGAAAAGACCUCUAUCUAAAACCUUGGAAGACCAUUGGUUUGACUGGUGUAAGGGAUCUUCCUUUAUUUCUAAUGAGCAGUUUAAUUUGAUGGAAGGAGUUUUAGGAGGGUCUCUGUGAAGACUGGUUUAUUUUCAGCUUUACAGAUUGGGAAAACAGCUGAGGCAAAAUUCAAGGCAAAAUUGAUGCAGAGCCCCAUAAUUCCUGAGCUCUCCCCAUUAUCCACUAGUCAGCUCAAACAACAGCUAACAAUUCUAUUUCCUUCAAUUCUAGGAAAACCUUUGUAUGCAUUGUGACCGGUCAGCCAUACUAGUUUGAAGGGUUCCUUUCUUCAGUGAACCCAAAGUUGCUCCCAUCACUCAGUCAUGCCACCACUGAGCACCCCUGAGUGGAAAAGAAUGCUUGUAUAGUAUUCGCAGCCGGUCUAGUUCAGCAGAUUUCCAUGUCUGAAGAACACCAAACAAUUUCAGACAAAGCAAGGAUAGAAAGUGGCCAUCACUGUCUAUUGUGUGAUGCCCAUAGUUUUAACAAUGAACUGUGGGAAGAUGUACUUUCUUUGUCUUUCCUGAAUCUCACAACAUCCAGGUGCUAGUGUUAUGAGAGAGAAAAACGUUUCUCUGUCCACUUUCUUGCACUGUGCAUAAUUUUGCACACCUCUAUCAUGUUACUCGCCUUUUCUGUAAGCCCCAAAGCCCCAAAUGUUGUCAGCUUUCUUCAUGGAGGAGUUGUUCCAUCCCCUUAGGCGUUUUGCUGGGAUCCUGCACAAGGUCCCAGGUUCAAUCCCUGGCAUCACCUGGCAGGACUGGCAGAUCCCAGUCUGAAAUCCCGAAGAGUCACUUACAGUCAGUGUCAACAACACUAAGCUAGGUUGGCCAAUGGUCUGAUUCAGUAUAAGGCAGCUUCCUAAGCUGCCAUAGUGUGAGAAUUUAGGGUGCCAAUGAAUUGUGUAGGUGCCUGUGGGAAAUCUAAGAAUGGAAUAGCAACCGGUGGGUGAAGAUAAGAUUGAGGGACAUUUGUAGGGACAUGAGAUCACAGCAGGGGCUGACCAGGAAGGGCUGGAGGGGUGCAGGCGAUUGCUUCUGCAUAACUGCUCAGAUGUCUUGAUACUGAAGCUGCCAAUACAGCUUUAUUGGGUAAAUUGCACAGUCUUAGCUGGCAGCAGAGCUGCCUUUCCCCUCUGGUCCUCGUUUCCUGUAUAAGAGCUUCCUUCUCUGAAGGUGUCAGAAGGCUUCCUAGAGUCUCUCUCUGCACAGGGCUCUGACAGGCCUUACUGUGCUAACAGCACUGCAGAAGCGUUAAGAACUGGGGUCUGUGUUCAAACCCUUUAAGUGUGGGCUGCACUGACAACGGAGCAGCGUUAAUGACAAGAGUGUUUAUUUGAGGAGUGAUGAAAACAAAUUGUCAGUAAGCUGAAGUCUGGGGUGAAUGUGAUUCAACCCAGCAAUCUAAAUGCAUUCCCAGCCACCUAAGGUAAUUCCAUCCAUACUCACACACACACUUAAUGUCAAUAUUCCCACCCAUACCCCAACUGCCAUUUAGUGCUCCCUUCAGCUCCCUGCUCCCUUACCUUAACAUCCAUUACUUCAGUCGACCCCCCCUCCCCUCCCCUCCAAACACAAACCCCAAACAUGGUUCCUUAACGGCACUGUAAGAUGGCACAAGAGCUACAGAAGAGGGAUAAGAAUGUGUGGCCUCCUUAACUGAAAGAGCUCUUUCAUUUUCAAUGCAAUCCUACAAACGAAUAGUGCUUAGUGGUAUAAUGGUGUUGGACUAAGACCUGGGAGACCAGGGUUCAAAUCCCCACUCGGCUGUGAAGCUCCCUGGGUGACCUUGGGCCAGUCACUCAUUCAAUCUCAGCCAUACCUACUUCACAGGGUUGUUGCGAGGAUAAAAUGGGGAGGGGUAUAUGGACCACCUUGAGCUUCCUGGAGGAGAGAUGGGAUAUGAAUGUAAUUGUCAGGGGUUCAGAGAGAGAGGCACAGGGUAGGCAGGAGAUGGAGAGCGAAGGGGAGGAAUUCCAAGCCAGCGAGGAAGAGGACGACAAUGACUCAAGGGAUUCCAUGAGUCUUUCCAGCGAAUCAGAGGAUUCCCAGAAGGGGGCGCCGGUGGUCAGGGCCAGGGGAGCCCCAGGGGGGAAAUGUCAGGAGCAGGGUGCCAGCGGAGGAUCCCAAAGUGGCAGCUGGGCGUCAGGACCAGCCUCCCCACCAAAGUGCAGCGAAGGGGGUGGAGUUUCCAGUGUGUCAGAGGAAGGAGCUCCAGCAGCAGAGAGAGGAGGGGGGUCAGAGCAAGCAGCCCUCCCGGAAAGGGAGGGGAGCAGUGAAGGGAGCAGUGUAACUGUCAAAAGGAAAGUUAGAGGCUUGGCGCGCGCGCCUAGUUCAAAUGUAGAGGCGCGCGGAAGUGCAGGGAGCCCGGAGGAGGGGCCAGGUCCCAAAGCCCGCAGGAGGGGGGAGCAGCAGUCUGAUUCCGCGUCAGAGGAAUCCAGAAAGGGGCAAACCCCAGGGGGCAGAAAGACCCUGCGGAAAAGGAAGGAGAGAAAGAGGUGGAGCAGCGCAAGUCUCUUAAAUUGGUGCAGAGGAGGGACUGACUCAGACGGGACUUCGGCGGUCUAGCGUAAGAGACGUAAGGCUGCGCGCCUAAGAUGUCAAGCAAACCAUGAACUGCAAUAAACACCUUUGUAUUCAAGAAGACGUAGGCGUUGGUCUUUUGUGAGCUAAGACUUGAGGCAGCCUUGACAGUAAGUCCCGUCUCCGAAAGCAAAAAAUUUUUUUUGCACAGCUCACGAAGUUUGGCAGCAAUGACUACUGAGGAGCAGAUAGCGUCCCUGCAAAACGCAGUCACCGAGCUCUCCACUGCCGUCGUGGUUUCUCAGAAGACAGUUGCAGAAGCAGAAGCGCGAUGCCAGGAUCUGCAAGCCAGGUGGGAUCGGGCGUGCAGAGAGGGGUUCCCGGGUCCAGAUCAGAGGGAAUCGGACUGGGACGAAGGGGGGGCAAUUUAGUAGCCCACUUCGAUGGGAACCUGAAGCAUUAUCCCAAUUUCAGAGCAGACGUCGUAUAUGCACUGCAUUUACUUCGAAAGGACUUCAAGGAUGAGGAGGAAAAAGUGGGGUUCAUUGUGUCCCAUUUGCAUGGGGAAGCACGGAAUUGGUUACGCAAUUUAUGGCGCGAAGAUGGUCUUGCACGCAGGGACUCUGAUGAAUUUCUCAAAGCCAUGGACGCUUGCUUCCAAUCUACUGUUGACGUUGAUGUGGCACGUCAGGAGAUGCAUGGAUUGCGGCAGGGCAAGGCUACAGUGCGUCAGUACCAUUCUCGCUUUUUUGCAUUGCUGAAUGUGCUGGGCUGGGAAAAGGACUCCCUGGCAGUAAGGGACUUGUUUUGGGAAGGGCUACACGGCUCAGUGAAAGAUGAGCUGGCUAGGGAGACAGACCUCAAACCCUAGCAGACGUCGUGCAGAGGGCACUCACGAUAGGGGUGCGCCAAGAAGACCGCCCUUGGCACAGGGAGGAGGGGCGUCACGUCCGCCCACCAGCUAGAGCGCCUCCUUUUCCUUCUAGGGACUUGGAACGUUCACGCCUUCGCCUGUCCUGGCAGAGGGGGAAGAACAGAUGGAACUGGGUGGUGCAAAGGCUCAGACAGCUGCCGGAGCCUCAGCGUCAGGAGCAGUCAAAGCGAAGCCUCCUAGAGGGACCAGGAAGUGUUACAUCUGUGACAGUGCACGGCACAUGGCUAAAGAGUGUCCCCAGAGGCUCCAGAAGCACACUGCAGCCUUAGCAACAGUAACAGGGGAAGCUUUCCAAGGGGAGCAGUUUCAGGGAAACGAGAAUGCCUGGUUGGAGGGAGAGACGCUGGGGCUCCACCAGGCACGUCAAUGAAGCAGUCCCCAGCGCUUUUGCAGCCUACAGACCCCUUACCACCUAAGCCAGUGGUGCAGCUCACUGCUACUCUCCAGCUGCCUAAUGGACUCACCCUGGAAGUCCCCAUUACGAUUGACUCAGGGAGCAACGCUGACUUCGUGGGGGUGCAGUUCGUCAAGCAGCAUCGCAUAGCGCUACUACCAGCCACGCUGCCUCUGAAUGUGGUCACUGUAGAUGGCAGGAAGUUGCUGGGUGGGCAAGUGGUACAACAGACGCCAGCCAUGCUGCUGAAAAUUGGGAAUCAUCGCGAGGUCAUCAGUUUCAAUGUCACCCAACUGUCAGACACGCCCAUAGUGCUAGGCAUGAGUUGGCUGGAUAGACACAGUCCAUCCUUGGCGUGGUACCAGCGGCAGCUCACCUUUGGCUCGUCCUACUGUGCACAACAUUGCAUCCAGAUUGGUGAGGACGAGGAGGGCCGGGAGGAAGGGCAACAGCUGCAUCUAGGCAUGGUGCAGGCAGUGCCCCACAAAUACAAGGGAUUUUUGGAGGUCUUCUGCGAGAAGGAAGCUGACCAAUUACCACCCCACAGGCCCUACGACUGUGCAAUUGACCUCUUACCAGGGGCAACGCUACCGACUGCGAAGCUGUAUUCCAUGUCUGAAGAUGAGAUGCAGGAGCUCAGGGAGUUCAUAGAUCACAAUUUGAAGCGGGAUUCAUCCGAGAAUCCAAGGCAGUGGGGCGCAGACCUGUGUUUUUGUGAAGAAGAAGGACACGCCCCAAAAACGACUCAUUGUGGACUAUAGGGCCAUAAACUCGAUGACAAAACCCAAGGCUUUCCCCAUGCCCAAGAUUGACGACCUGCUCGCGACGGUGAGGAAGGGGAGGAUCUUCACCAAGUUGGAUCUACGCGGAGCCUACAAUCUCAUACGCAUGAGGGAAGGUGACGAGUGGAAGACGGCCAUGUUCACGCCGCUGGGCACCUAUGAAUACAGAGUUAUGCCGUUUGGUCUCCAAGGUGGCUCCCACCAUUUUCAAGCAUUCAUGCACCACGUGCUAGCAGGACUCCUCUACAAGAAGUGCGUAUGCUUUCUCGACGAUAUUCUGAUCUUCUCGGAAUCGCAGGAGACUCACGAAACAGACGUAAAGGAGGUCCUGCAGAGGCUACGGGAGCACAGACUCUACGCCAAGCUGGAGAAGUGCCAGUUCGACGUGACGGAGGUGGAUUUCCUGGGCUACCGGCUGUCCGACAAGGGCCUAGCCAUGGACAGCGCCAAGGUCCGCGCGGUGUUGGACUGGAAUAGCCCGCGCAAUCGGAAGGAGGUCCAGAGGUUCGUCGGCUUCGCCAACUUUUACCGCAAGUUCAUCAGGGGUUUCGCGAAAGAGACGGCAGCUAUCACGGACACCCUCAGUUCCAAGAAGAAAAAGUUCACCUGGACGGACCAGGCGGAGCAGUCCUUCAGGAGGCUUAAGAGUCUCUUCGCGUCCGAAGACCAGCUGCUACACGUGAAUCCUGGCAGGCCCAUGCGGGUUGAGACUGACGCAUCUGACAGAGCAGUGGGGGCCGUCCUCUUGCAGGAAGAUUCGCAAGGGAACUGGAGGCCCUGCGCUUUCUACUCACGGAAGCUCAGCAAGUCGGAACAGAACUACACCAUCUGGGACAGGCUGGCCAUCCACGCGGCUUUCAAGGCGUGGCGGCACUUCCUCAUCGGAGCCAAGCACACCGUGCAGGUCCGCACGGACCACAAGAACCUGGAGUAUUGGCGCACGGCGAAGCUCCAGAGCCAGAGGCACAUGAGAUGGGCGGAGUUCUUUGCGGAUUUCGAUUUCCGGAUAGAGUAUAUCCCGGGAGACAACAACAUCAUAGCGGAUGCGCUCUCCAGAAAACCGCAGUAUCUUGAGGAAGCGGCACCAGUGGCAGCCAGGCACAUUUUUGCACCGCAAGCGUGGGCGUGCGCUUCUGCCGCCGUGGACCUGGACGCGGUACGACGCGCGCUACAGACGGACCCGUUUGCACAAUCCAAGAUGGAGGAGGUGCGAAGAGGGACAGCAAAGGACGGCGAAUUCCAGAUACGCGACGGCCUACUGACCCGCAAAGGUGCUCUCUAUGUCCCAGGGGACGAUCUCCGAGCGAAGGUUCUACAGCAGUUGCACGACGCCCCCAGCGCGGGUCACUUCGGCAAGGAGAAGACGGCGGACUUAGUAGCCAGGGACUUUUGGUGGCCCCAGAUGCGGGGAGAAGUCGCGGAUUACGUCGCCAGGUGUGACACUUGUCAGAGGUCCAAGCCAGUGCACAAGAAGCCAGCGGGAUUGCUGGAACCGCUGGAGACGCCACUGCAGCCGUGGGAAAGGGUGGCGCUGGACUUUGUCACUGAUCUGCCCAGUUCGCGGGGCAAGACGGCGGUGCUUGUGGUUGUAGAUCUGUUCACCAAGAUGGCGCAUUUCAUUCCUUGCGCGAAGGUGGCAACAGCGGAGCAGACCGCCAGGCUAUUCAUAGACCACGUGUUCCGGGUGCACGGCUUACCACGGUCCAUUUUGUCCGACCGGGGUCGCCAAUUCAUUUCCAGUUUCUGGCAGAAGCUCCUGGGCAUCCUGAAUGUCAGGAUCAACUUAGCGUCGGCGAGACACCCCCAAACCAACGGCCAAGCGGAGAGGGUCAACGCCAUCAUGCAGCAGUACCUGCGAUGUUACGCCAAUCAAAAGCCUGCAACUUGGGUGGACUACUUACCGAUGGCCGAGUUUGCCUACAACAACACGAAGCACGCGUCAACGGGGUGACACCGUUCUUCGCCAACAAUGGGCGACACCCCAGAACAUUCCCGGCGUUGGAGACGACGACGCAGGGGGAGUCGCAGGGAGCGGAACAUUUAGCAGCAGAAUUGCAGGAGGUCCACGAGGAGCUACGACGGCAUUUGGAACUAGCUAAACACGCCUACAAAGUGCAGGCAGACAGGCACAGGAGGGCAGGAGAAGACAUCCAGGUGGGGGACUGGGUAUGGUUAGCAGCCCAGGCGGUGCCGGCCAGGUCGUUAGCUAAGAAGAAGCUAGGACACAAACAGCUAGGGCCAUACCAAGUUGAGGGCAGGGUCAAUCCCGUAGCUUUCGGUUGACCCUCCCAGAGGAUUCCCGAAUGCACCCGGUCUUUCAUAGGUCGGUGCUUACACCCUACAAGGCCCCACACAGAUUUCAGGAGCCAGGGACGGCACCAGACCCGCGUAGGAAGUCACCAGGGGGAAGUCACCGAGGACCCCGACACUCAACGAGGUCACGGAAAUUCUGGACUCGAGAUGGGGGAGGAGGGAGUGGAAUACCUCCUCGCCAAGGAAGGUACCCCGGCUAGCGCCAACAGUUGGGUGCCAGAUUAUGCUCUGGAGGAAUCUUGGCUUAAGGACGAGUUCCAUGCACUCUUCCCGCACAGGCCCAUGCCAGAGGAGUAUUUUGACGACUGGCUUUUUACCCCCACACUUUCAGGCAGCACCUUCAGGGGGUUCUCCUCCGCAGAGGAGACCACGCCGCAAUCGAGCCCUCCAAGGGGAUCGGGCUCGGGGGUGGACACGGACCGCUCUUAUUGGUGGGACGAUCAACCAGAAGUGGGGUGGCGAAGGGGGCCUUGGCAAGCAGCUUCGCCUGAAGUAACAGGGGGAGGGAAGGGUUUGGAGGUGUUGGGGGAGGACCCCGGUUUCGAGCACUCCUACACUGAACUGGAAGCAGAGGAGAUCGACGUCGACGAACUGUAUCCAGCAUCUACCCCCGCUACAACGAGGCUCCCGGAACCUGCGCCCGAGCAGCGGGAGGGGGGGAAGGGGGGGCUUCGAGGGGGGGGAUGGAUGUCAGGGGUUCAGAGAGAGAGGCACAGGGUAGGCAGGAGAUGGAGAGCGAAGGGGAGGAAUUCCAAGCCAGCGAGGAAGAGGACGACAAUGACUCAAGGGAUUCCAUGAGUCUUUCCAGCGAAUCAGAGGAUUCCCAGAAGGGGCGCCGGUGGUCAGGGCCAGGGAGCCCCAGGGGGGAAAUGUCAGGAGCAGGGUGCCAGCGGAGGAUCCCAAAGUGGCAGCUGGGCGUCAGGACCAGCCUCCCCACCAAAGUGCAGCGAAGGGGGUGGAGUUUCCAGUGUGUCAGAGGAAGGAGCUCCAGCAGCAGAGAGAGGAGGGGGGUCAGAGCAAGCAGCCCUCCCGGAAAGGGAGGGGAGCAGUGAAGGGAGCAGUGUAACUGUCAAAAGGAAAGUUAGAGGUUUGGCGCGCGCGCCUAGUUCAAAUGUAGAGGCGCGCGGAAGUGCAGGGAGCCCGGAGGAGGGGCCAGGUCCCAAAGCCCGCAGGAGGGGGGGAGCAGCAGUCUGAUUCCGCGUCAGAGGAAUCCAGAAAGGGGCAAACCCCAGGGGGCAGAAAGACCCUGCGGAAAAGGAAGGAGAGAAAGAGGUGGAGCAGCGCAAGUCUCUUAAAUUGGUGCAGAGGAGGGACUGACUCAGACGGGACUUCGGCGGUCUAGCGUAAGAGACGUAAGGCUGCGCGCCUAAGAUGUCAAGCAAACCAUGAACUGCAAUAAACACCUUUGUAUUCAAGAAGACGUAGGCGUUGGUCUUUUGUGAGCUAAGACUUGAGGCAGCCUUGACAGUAAUGAAUACAUAAUCCCAAGUCCCACAGAGUUCAAUGGGACUUAUUCCUGGGUAAGAACAUGUAGGAUCAUUGCCUUAGGAAGACUGAGCAGCUCUUUGCUCAGAUGUUCUGGGCAUCCUGACCUCUUGACUGUAUCUGAAAAUGUCAGAGGGUUAUUUUUAGCAGGUGACAGCGCAGCUCACCUGCCCCUUCUCCCUAUAAUUGCCUCUUGCACGUUACAUCCCUGAAUCACUGGCUGCUCCUGGCGUUUGUCAGCAGGUUUUAUUUAAAGAUGAUUUACUAAGUGACAAGGAAGGAGUGGGUAGGGGCUUACCCCUGCCUCCUCGCCUUAAAGGAUCUAUGAAGUUCUGCUUCAGAUAGGUGGCUGCUGUUUUGCAGGGCUGACCAAAGUGUGAGGUGGCUACUUGAGGCAGCUGAUUUGGGUUGUUAUUAUGAAUGGACAGCACAUUUUUAGUUACUUAAUUUAUUGUAAUAUAUUUUCUGCCUGGGAGGGGUGCUCAGAGGAUUUGCUGCCCCACAUGCUCAACAAUAAUAAUAAUAAUAUUUAUUAUUUAUACCCCACCCAUCUGGCUGAGUUUCCCCAGCCACUCAAAAUAACUCAUCCAGCUUUUAAGACUAUUAUGUACCUCGACUUGAGAAGAGGGCUCACCAUUUGCUGCUCCACCUUGGGCAGCAACACAUAUUGGCCCAGUCCUGGUGCAAGGCUUGCCAGGGAUUCUCGUGACUAAUUUAGCCUUCUGCGUAGCUCUGCCUGUCUCCGUAGAAAAAAGCUGGAUUAGGACACAUGUUGGGCAGGAUCUACGCCAAGCCAUACUUUUGAGCCCACCGGAUUCCUGAACUAUAAGCUAGGCUGCUUCCUUUACUUAGACACAGGUUGAUUCACAUCAAUGCAGUGCACCCUUCACUGGAAUUUGUGAAGCAAGGAGCUUAUCCAGACGCUAUUCUAAAACACCCAAGUAUCCUAUAUUACCUUCUGGCUGAAAAUUAUUGUCUACCACAUUGUGGGGAUGGCGCAGUCACACCAUUUCCUUGAGCGACAGAGACAUUUAAAGCAGCACCAUGCGUGAAACAAGAAUCUAUGUUCACUGCCUCGAGUGUAAUUACCUUCUCACAUAGUUAUAUCACACACAGCAAGACCCCUGGCCUGGCUGGGCUCCUGCUGUGUAGCUUAAUAUUUCCAUAGCUCUUAAAGACGAUUUAUAACAUACACCCAGCAGAGGGCAUCCCUUUUACUCUCCCCCCGCCCCUCGUGUACUGCUGGUGGAAUUCUUGGUGAAACUUGAGAAGGAAGUAUUUGUAUUCCAAAAGGUGUAGUAUAGCGGGGAUGGGGGAAUCCGUAGCUUUCCAGGUAUUUGCUGGACUACAACUCCCAUCAUUCCUAGCCAUUUGCUGUGCUGGCUAGGGCUGAUGGGAAUUGGAGUCCCAUGGCAACUGGAGGGCUGCGCCUCUUCUAUGGGCCACCUCACACAUGUAUGCUAAGGUUACCAGAUUUUUUUCAAUGAGUCCUGGGACACUUUUCAGUUUCAAUGGAUUUUGUAUGGGGACUGAUUUGUAAAUUUGGGGACUGUCCCCGGGGACGUCUGGUAACUUUAAUGUAUGCUGAUCACAGGAUGACUGCCACAGACACGGAUGACUUGCAUGUGUGAAUAGGCCACCAUAGAUAGAUUUGUCACAAUGCCUCAAAAAUCCAGUGCUUUUCAAUGGAGUGGCUCAUGCAACUGCCGGUUAUCAAGCGAAGAGAAGUCAAGUGUUAACUAUGUACCUGGGGGAUUGCGAAGGGCAGAUCCUUGCUAUGCAUUUAAAGCAUAUUCAACACACAUUUAAAGUGCAUGACUCCCACCCACCCCCCAAGAAUCCUGGGACCUGUAGAGAACUACCAUUCCCAGCACCUUUAACAAACUACAGUUCCCAGGAUUCUUUGGGGGAAGUCGUGCACUUUAAAUGUGCUCCGGAUAUGCGUGAAAUGUAUACCGUGUGCCUGCCCUAAUAGUUGCAACAGUUGGUAUCAAAGAGUGACAUAUUUUAGCCCUCUGAUUUUCACGUUUUGUCCCUUGCCCUGUGAAUUUCCAGAACUGGAGCUGGAAGAGGCCACCAGCUUCAUCGUCCACUAAAGCAGCCAGAGGAACUUGACACCAUGGAGGCCGAAGGCACUAAGGAGCAGCAGGAGGAGAGCCAGCAAAUCAAUGGACUGGAGCACCAGAGCGAGUCAGGAAGUGCUCAGGUUGAGGUUCAUGGAGAGAGUGAGGCUGGGAAAACAGAGGCUGCUGCUGGGAAGGAGACCAAGGAUGACAAUGAGCCUGCAGGAAAGGCUUUGGGGGCCGAGGAGAUGCUGGGAUCUGAGACCAAAGAGAAAGCAGAGGAAGCCGGAGAAACCAACCAGGCAGCCUCUGAGGAUAGAGUGGCCGUGGGUGUAUCUGGAGCAGAGCCCAAGGAAGAAGCUGAGGUUUCUGGAACACCAGAAGAACGGCAGGAAGAGAAAGGAGCAAAAGCUGAUGCCUUGGAGAGAAACACCAGCACUUCCAGCACAGAGGUGGGAACAGAGUGCGUUUCACUCCCUGUCUUGUGCAUCUCAUUCCCCUGGCUGACUUGUCUUGCUCUCUUUUAGCUUAUAUGUUAGUUUCUUUCCUUUAUAGCAGAUGUUCCAGAUGUUUUGGACUACAACUCCCAACAGCCCCAACCAGCACCCCGAUUCUGUGUAGGUCUAUUGCACCUCUUUGUCUUUAAGUUCCGUGAGACCUUUUGCAUUUCCAUUAACACAUUAUUCCCAAUAGUUAGCUAGUAGCUUUAUAUGCUGCCUUGAACCCCAUAUUGGAACUCAAGGUGGUGUCCAUGGGAUUUCUGGCUGGUCCCCCACCCCGGCAGUGGCCAGACACAAAAGCAAAGCAGGCCAUGCAACUGCCAGGGGGCUGGACCAGCCGUCUGAGCCAGAAAGAAAAACAGAAGACGAACGAGACUGAUUUUAGGAGGAAUUUAUGCACGUUCAAUUGUGUCAGCCACUCGUUUCUGUCUCCAUGCGUAAGUGGCUCCUUUGCAAAGCUAAGGCACCAGGUUUCAAAAUAGUUUCUGGGAAACACUGAGGAUGCAGGAAAGAACAUAGAUAUGCUCUGGGAAUGGUAAACAAAGUGACAGGCAAAUGUCUCACCCUACAAUUCGUGGAGACUAUCCACAGGGCUUGGCUUAUUUAUAAGGUUUUUGUUCUGUCUUAUCGCAUAUGGCCCCAAGGCAGCUUACAAUUGGUUGGUGGUGGUACUGGGUGAUACCUGGUUUUCAGCAUUGUAAUAUAUCAUCGACUAAACAUCACAAUAUACUGAUAUAUCACAAUGUCUGAAAUAAAGAUGGAACUAUGCAGAAGUGAAUGGGGUAAUGUCCUGGCAACUGCUCCUGCUUAGGAGUCUAAAACCGAUAUACUUUUACUUACUGUUAACAUAUUGUUACAACUGUUAUUUUAUAGUACAAAGCAACAGGGGCAACAGGAAUCAUGAGAGAAGUGAUGAUCGGCUUCUUGAUUUUCCUCACAUCAUGAUAUUUUUUUACAUAGCACGCAGACAAUGUGAUUCACUGUUUAUCGCCAUGUCAAAUAUAAUGAAAUUAUGUCAGAUAUUAUGAAACCAUUUAUCACAGUGUGGACUUCAAACCAAUUGGGGACGAUGUAUUGAUACAUACACCCAGCCCUAGAUGUUGGACUCCACUCCAGAUCAAUGUAGGGUUCACUCCUUAUCCCACAAGACAGUGGAGCUUACAAUAACGGCACUGAAAAUGUGUUUUGGCCUGUCCCUUCUCUCUUAUUCAUGUAGGGCCGAACUGGCAGCACUUCGGAUGAGCCUCUCUCACCAGAACCAGAGGAGGAAGAAGAAUUCUGGCCAGAAUUCUCUCCAAGUUCUCCUGAAGAGAGCCCACAAAGCCCCACAGAGCUUAAAAAUGUGGAGACGGGUAAGGAAAAUAUGAUUCAGCAGCGCACUGAAAAUUUAAAGCAGAGGUAGGGAACCUGCAACCUAUGGGCCAAUCUUGAUCUGCCUGGCUGUUAUCACCAGGCCAAGCCCACCCAUUGGCUGACAUAACCAGUGACAUCAGCCAAUGGGCAGGAGGACAGGGUUUAAUUCUGCCUAGGUUGUGCUGCCCUAUUCCCAGCAGGAUCACACAGUCUAGGCAGCAGGAUUUAAUAUUCUCUCAUGAGCUGAUGAGCAGAGAUUAAAACCCUUUCCCUCUUCUUUUAAUUGGGCAUGGGAGGUGAGCCACAGCUGCCACACCCACUUAUUCAAGGUCACAGUUCUCCACUGCUGCCAUCCACCUGUUCGAAGCAGCGCUGUUUGAAGCAGCCUCUGUCUCCUUUAAAGGAUCAAAAGAUACUUAGCAAAGCCACGGAGCGGAUUUUGACAGGUGGUCUGCCCUGCCUGCCUGUCAAUUAUAUACUAUCACAGUGACAUCACAGGAUUGACAGAUGUGUGGCCCCCACUCAGUUCUCAGAUUGGGCCUGCAAGGCUGAUCCUGAGAAGAAUCUGUCCCAUGGAGCCAAAAAAAUAAAAAAAAGGUUCCGCAUUUAAUAAGAAGUACGGAAUACACUUGAGAUUAAAGCUUUAGGUGGCACCCUUGAUUUAUUGAUUGAAAAGGUACCUUACAUGGAAUGUGGCAACAGACACAGAAUCCUGAGAAACUCAGUUUUAUUUUAUUUAAAGCAUGUUUCUAGCCCUCAUCAUUCUGAAGGCAUAACUGAAAGCAAGCAGUAGCUUCACUUCCUACAUACAGGGAUUUCCUGCAUGACUGCAUGGGACCCCUCACAGUCUGCAGUCACAUUUCACAAGUUGGUAAUGGGUGCAAAAGCAAUGCUGAGAACAGUGAUGGAGAAGUGUUGGGUGUCUGUGUGUUGUUCCCCCUCUCCUCAUGUCAUUUCUCACAUCAUUUCAACACAAGUGUGAUUUUUUUAAAGGUAUAACUUUCUGUAAUUCCAUCUAGGAAGCACUCCUUCAGGCCCAACUGCCCCUGAAGCUGCCCCGGGGAACAGCACCAGGUGAGACAGAGUCUCUGAGAGCAACCCUGGCCUAGUAGGGCUGUGUUGUGUGACCCCUUGCUACCACGGGGCAACGUACACAGAAAGCACAGCUCAGCAAUGGUGGUGAUGACAAAGAUUCUGAACAAUAACUGUUGCCUCGUGGAGGAGUGCUGCUAGGUACUUAACGGGCUCCAGGCAGUCACAGGCCCACAACACACAAAUGCAACACAACACAUGAAAUGCAUAGUGUGCCUCUGGGCAUAUUAAGAUGCCAGGUUGCUGAGGUCUCACCAGCACUGCAUUUUGCAAUGCACCCAGACACCUCGUAAGCAAAGAUAGAUAUAUGGUUGGGGAAAGGGGCAAGAGAUUUGGGGUGUGAGGGGAGAAGAGCACCACCACAGCCCUGUGUCUUGGACCUGGGCACUGGAACUUCAAACAUUGUCUCGCAAAGAGCACCAGGUUGAGAUUUUAAGGCAGCAAAAAUUAUACUGAGCAAUGAUGGGGAACUUGCAGACCUCCAGAUGUUGGACUUCCUUCAGCCCUGACCAUUGGCCAUGCUGGCUGGGGCUGAUGGGGGUCCAACCACAUCUGGAGCACCCUAGGUCUCCCGCUCUUGCCAUGGAGGACCACUACCAUUAUAAUAUUUCCCCCUUCCCUCAGAGUGGCACUCGUCAGGACUGAUGGAGAUGCUUUUCCAUGAGUGGUGAGGGGAAGGGCCUUCUCCUGGCCGCCAUCUUGGCUUCUCCUCCUCCUCCUCCUAUUUUGAGAAGUUCUGGACUGAGAGGUGAUCACAGGUCUACCUACUGCCAUGCCCUCAUCCAAUACCACUCAUCCUUCUUGGGUUUGCUUGUUUGUUUACUUGCUUUUGGUUCUCAGCACUGAAGCAGUCCCAAAGGGGGAUGAAAAGCAACUGCCAGCUGCUGAGGGAGCAGCCGCUGCCCAGGAGGAGAAGAAGAAGAGACCCACUUUUGACAGAAGAGAGAUGACAAGGCCUCGUAUGCCACCCAGAGCUCAGUCCCGCAAGGCCAUCAUGGAUAAGUUUGGAGGGUAAGCCUGGGACUGCACCACUGGGUGCCUCCAUUGCAAUCCUUCACUGAUUUUCUCUUUCUCUCUCUUUCUUCAUUGCCCCACAGCCUUUGUACUUCCUGCGUAGUGCAUGCAUGCUUCCUUCUGCCACAACUCCUAGAUAGUGCAAUGCAUUUUAGGAGCAGACACAAAGCCUAAACCCACAAAUGUUGACUAGGUUCAAGGGAACUUGCUCUCAGUUCAGGUACACAGGGGGCCAGCUUCAGUUGUUUUACACUUUUCAUCAAACAGUACCACAUUGUAUUAUUUUAUAAUCUCUCUGUUCAUUUACCACCUGUCCCGUAAACAUUUCCAGGAGGAGCACAAGAAUAAAAGCCGUGCAAUAAUUAAAAUCAAUAGCCAAAAUAUUUAAAAUCGUUAACGGCAAGCUAAAAAAAGAGGCCCAAACUAUAGCGUCUUCUUUAUUCUGGUGCACGGAUAGAGAAGGCAGCUUUAAAAGAUAGCUUUGUAAGAGAUUGCAAAAUAGAUUGUUCCAUGUUAAAGAGAAAGAGCAGGGCCAGCAUCACCACCUGUCCUUCUCAGGUAACUACCAGGGUCCUCAGCAUUCUGGCGCUGCUGUAUGCUGUCCUGAACCACCCUCGGUUUUUGAUUCCUUGCCUCUGCCCCAACUGGCAGGAUCUAGGCACCCUCUUCAUUUCACACAGUGUCCCCACAUCCAAGCAUUGCUCUAGGGCAUUGUAAGAAGACCUAGACACGCAGCACUGCUUGGAGUGCUGCCACCACAACCAGCUAACCCUGCCAAAGGCAAGCACACCAACUCCUAGGGGCCGAAGCAGUGUGUGUGUGUGUGUGUGUGUGUGUGUGUGUGUAUGAAUGAUUUUUAUUAAUUUUUCAUUAAGAAUACUCCAGUUGAUACAAUGCCAAAUCUUGCCACAUCGUAAUACAAAUAAUAAAGCCAAUUAUACAUUCCAAUUUAUAUAUUUUAAAAAGGCUUCCCAUGUUCUGGCCAGUCAGAGAAAGUAUUUGUUUCUUGUUCCUGCUUUUUCUGGGGCUGAAGCAGUUUUCAGCCCCUCAAUGUUCUGUUCUGUUUUGUUUUGUUUUUGAGGUGGCUGGGCCCCCUCAAUGUUCAGAGGGUGUUCAGCUGUAUCGCUGGCUCCUUGACACACCAUGUGGCAUUGGGACAUCACAUUAGGCCCCCUCAAUCGUCUUGAGAAGAUGGCGCCUCUGGCCAGGGGACACAGAGAGAGGAGGGGGCCCUCAUCAUCAAACCUACAACUGGCCUCGAUAGAGAGGUUUCUCUUGGGCAGAUCAGUGAAUAGAUAAAUAUCUAAGCAAUCAACUAGAGAAAAGGAACCUUAUUAUUGUGUGGACAACAUUCCAGGUGCCACGUUCCAGGGGUAAAUGGGGCUGGAGGGAAUAGUGGGUAGAGCAAAGGAUGGAGCUCUUGUAGGCUACAUUUCAACAGCAAAGAAGCCAGCAGGUUCUGUACAUGCACAUCCCUCUCCAGCCAGGUAAACAAGAGGCAUUAUCAGAGGUCAAGGGCUCAUUCCAGCCAGGCAAAAGCUGUCAAGUAAGGUGUGCAGCAGGGAUGGUGAGGGGUGGAGUCAGGGGUGUCCCCAAGAGCUAGACAAAGGCCUGCAUUCAUCCAUCUAGCCUGAGGUUACUCAUCUCAAGUAUAGGAAUUCAUCCUAAAGAGGCAGAUCUGUGCCCCCAAUGCUGUCUAGUAGAGAAGAAUGAGGAAAUGUAAAUCAAAUCAGUUAAAUUCUAUAUAGUCGGUGGAUUCCUGAGAAGCAUGUCUUUAUUCUGGCUCUAGUCACUCAUUAUCUUCUCUCUCUUUUGGUCAUUUCCCUACUUCCCUCCCAAAGGGCUGCAACCGGUCCUGCCCCCAAUAUCAAGAAGACGGGAGGUGCCAACACAGUGAAGACUAUGUUGCUGGAGUGGUGCCGGGCGAAGACCCGUGGCUAUGAGGUAAUGAGUCUGUAUAAACUGUGAAACUCAAUGCCUCCUUAAGUGGUCCUUCAGCUCAUGGCCCCACUGUUCCCCAGGGAUGCAGUAGGCACCCUCAUUUCCCUUGUGAGGAUGGUGUUGGUCAUGCAACUUGUGUGUGUGAUCAGCUGUUCUAUGACAAUAAGAUGAUUUCUUGUGAAAUAUGAGUGUAUUUUUUUCCUGGUACAGAGGAAUGUUCCCUGUUCUUAUUAGAUAGCAUCAGCAUCAGUGUGUGAUCAGUACUGUGUGAUCUCCACAGUCGGUCCCAACAGGUUGUCAAGGGUGGCUGUCUCUCUCAUUUUGUGUUAGGCCAUGCCCCCCCAUGCCAGUCAUUUUAUGACUAGCACCCACAGCACUCUCAAAAUUUGAAAUGCGCCCAUUGAUCCAAAAGGCUGGCGAUCCCUGCAAUGCAUGUUGGAAUGCCUUGACAUAAAAUUACUGACCAUAGAGGCUUGUCUGAAGUGUUGCUGAGAAACUGCGGAUCCAGCCAAGUCAUGUGGCAUUUUUAAAGACUAACAAAUGUCUUAUGGCAUAAGCUUUUAUGAACUGCUACAUUGCUGCCCUGAUAAAUUCCUUAAAGAUGCCCAAAGACUCUUUUUUGUGUUUGCUGCAACAGACUCACAUGGCAACCUCACUGGAAAUUGAGAAAAUGUCCAUGAAAAAUGAAGCACUUGGAACGUUCUAGAAGGGCUAUAUAACUGCUUCCAUUUCCCUACACUUCAGAUUGUGGUGGGUUAUAAAUAGGCACAACGUAACCUCAGGUUUAUGUUAAUACUCUGUGCUUAUCACCCUCAGAUACAUUUUGUAAUUCCUCAAAAUAGUAGCACUAUUUGUCUCACUCUCUCUCACACAAAUACACACCCCAGAACAGUGCAAUCUUGCCAAGAACAAACUGUUGGAGAAAAUGUACCUAUAAACCAAACCUGAGAUUCUCCCUACACAGAGGUGCCAGCCACAAUGACAAAUUUGUGGGAUUUCCACCCACAGGUUGUUGGUUUUUUUAAAAAAAAACCCCAAAGCAAAUAGUAAUGCAUCUUUCAAGUUCCAUUUGGUCACUUCUGAACUUCUGUUUCAAAGCAGUAAUUGCAAUAUUCCCACAACUGAUUAUCAAGGAGCAAAAGCAGUCUGAGCUGCUGUUUGGAUUUAAAAGGGCUUUGGUAGACGCUAACAAUUGUGCAAGUCUUUUUCCUGACUUUAGACACUUGCUAAGCAGGCAAGUAAUUUUGUUUAUUACAGAUUCAGCAGUCGUUCCUUCUACACAUUUGUAUUUUAACUGUGGUGAAAACCUGCCUUUCCCAACCAUUUCAGUAUUAUACAUGGUAAUGCCAUGACCACAGCUAUACCAGACAUCUUCAGCGCAAACAGAUAUGUAUUCAUGAGUCUCAAAGCAGAAAGAGGCAGUGUGGUUCAGUGCUAGAAUGUUGGUUUGGAUGUUUCCAUUCCCACUCAGUCUUGAUGCUCAUUUGGUGCCUAACCUACAUCACGGGGUUGUUAUAAAGUUUUUUUUAAAUAAGAACUCCAUUCACAUGACCCUGAAACGAUUGGAAGUAAGGAGGGACAUAAAUGGGAUGGACGAAUAAGCAAACUACUGCAGAUAUGCUGCUAAUCAAAAUUAACACCUCUUGCAGCUGCUGGGGUGCAGGGCGUAGAGAUUGAAUGUAAACCCAAGGAGAGAAGACAGGUGGGCCCUGUUUAUGUUUCUCUUUCUCAUCCCCAGCACGUGGACAUCCAGAAUUUCUCCUCCAGCUGGAGCAGUGGCAUGGCCUUCUGCGCUCUCAUCCACAAAUUCUUCCCGGAUGCUUUUGACUACGCUGCACUUGACCCAGCAAACCGCAAAGAGAACUUCACUCUGGCCUUCUCCACUGCAGAGUAAGCACCUUCCCAGACCCCAGGACCCCACAACCAUAGGGCAGGUUGGGCUGGGUGGAAGAGCCAGGCCACACUUCCACAUACCCACAUCCUGGUGAUUGUGGGUGCAUUGCUGUUUGCUGCAGUGAACAUGUAAACAAAUUUAUACUGUACCUGUUUCAAAUUAAUAAUAAUAAUAAUUCCCCCAGCCACUCUGAGCAGCUCCCAACAGAAUAAAAAAUCAAAUAUUAAAAAUUUCCCUAAAUAUGGCUGAAUUCAGAUGUCUUCUAAAAGUCAGAUAGUUGUUUAUUUCCUUGACAUCUGAUGGGAGGGUGUUCCACAGGGCGGGUGCCACUACCAAGAAGGACCUCUGCCUGGUACAUGUAACAACAUUUAGGCCUUAUCUACACUUACCUCCCCCCCUCCCCGCUCUUUCCAGGCACAGGCCCACACUUUAAAGCUCUGUGUCCUUGCAAAAGCCCGCUCUUUAAAGCUGCAGUGCAACAAACAGCAAUUUGUGUUUUCCACAGAUUGUUGUUUGCUUGGAUUCAGAUUUAAAGAACUAGCUUUCACUGGGAAAAUGCCAAAGCAAAAAAUGGGGUGGGGGCACUCAGACACGGAGCUUUAAAGAGUGGACUUGUCUCUGGAAACUGCAGAGGAAAAGUUAUGUGUGCAUAACAGCAAUCCAAAGCACAGCUAAACCAUUUCAAACAACUGAGCAACAAAAAACAACAAAGCAAUAGUUGUACAUUUCAGCACAGGUUAAUAUCAGAGUGCAACAACAACACUUGGGCAAAUAAACUUUGCACCAAAGAAAUACCAACACGGGGGGGGGGGGGGGACAGGGUGCUAUACCCAAGGAAGCCAUUUCUCCUGUCUCUUGACCUCUGUAAGCAGGGUGAGCUGGAGAAGGGCCUCGGAAGGCGAUCUCUGCAUGCAAAUAGGCUUGUUUGGGAGUAGGACAGCUUUUCCCAUGCCAUGCCAGCCAUAGGGAGCUGUAGUCCAAAACCUCUGGUCUCUUUACACCUUCCACAUGUGCCUGAGGAACAUGGCGUAAACAAAGCCAGAGUCAAAAAGCACUAAUAGGGAUGUCUCGCCAUCUGUACCCUAGCAUGUAAUGUAUUAUAUGGGCAAUGGUUUCUUCAUGAGUGGGGAACCUGCUGCCAUCCAGGUGUUGCUGGGUUCCCAGUACCAGCAGCCCCAGCCAGCACAGCCAAGGAUGUUGGGAGUUGGAAUUCAGCACCCAAAGCACUGCACGUUACACACACACACACACACACACACACGCUUUAGAUCACAGUUCUCUUUGAUCCCGUGCCAACUUUCCAAAGUCAAAGGGAUGGGGCGGCUUCACUGUUUUUUGGUUUAAGAGUUAUGUUCAAGAGAUUCCCUGUAGCAUCUAUGAAGGUGAAAAAGGUGCCAAGCUAAAUCUGGAUGCUCUUUGCCAUCCUCUUCCCAGGGAGCUUGCUGACUGUCCCCAGCUUCUGGAUGUGGCCGACAUGGUACGCAUGAGUGUCCCUGACAACAAAUGCAUCUACACCUACGUCCAGGAGCUUUAUCGCAGCCUGGUGCAGAAAGGGCUUGUGAAGACCAAGAAGAAAUGAGAACGGAAGGCAGGCUUACAUUUGAGGCUUACUGGAAGCUGGAGGGAAGGUUUGGCAGAACAGGUGAGAAGGGCUCCAUGGAGGACCUCUUCACUAAGUGAGAGCGUAAUAUAAUGGCCAGUAGGGGACGCGGGUGGUGCUGGGGUCUAAACCACCGAGCCUCUUGGGCUUGCCGAUCAGAAGGUCGGCGGUUCAAAUCCCCUUGACGGGGUGAGCUCCCGUUGCUCUGUCCCAGCUCCUGCCAACCAAGCAGUUCGAAAGCAUGCCAGUGCAAGUAGAUAAACAGGUACCACUGCAGCAGGAAGGUAAAUGGCAUUUCCGUGUGCUCUGGCUUCUGUCAUGGUGUUCUGUUGCACCAGAAGCAUUUUAGUCGUGCUGCCCACAUGAGAAGGAAAGCUGUCUGUGGACAAACGCCGGCUCCCUCUGCCUGAAAGCGAGAUGAGUGCUGCACCCCAUAGUCGCCUUUGACUGGACUUAACCAUCCGGGGUCCUUUACCUUUUUUAUAUAUAUAAUGGCUAGUAGAAAUGGGGGACAGGACACUGGCUCAGUCAUUAUCACAUUUCUGGAAGGAAGCAACCUUAUUUUAACAUUAAUACCAUGCCUUACAGAGCGGUAAGUUAUAAAAAGCUCAAGAAGGAUGUCAAAGACAGAGCCAUGGUUUAAAUCAGGGCUGCCAAACAGAAUUAUCUUAUCGAGUCCUGUGACUUCCCCAGUGAGGUCUUUGGCCUCCCUACCUCAUGCUACACAAUUUGCUGAACCACCUCUAGAGUUUGGAAAUGAUGUGUAUCGUAGAGCCAAAGGGAUCACCCACCAAUUGCAUGUCUCAAAUUAGCCCCACACCCCAUUAGCAGGAAAGGUAUCAAAGCAUAUGACAUCUGCAGCCAAGGGUGUCAUGUUGGUUGGUGGUAUUUAGUCAGUAGAAAGGGAUAUUUGGAUGACAGGGGCAUUAAAGGUGGCAGGACUGGGUGAUGAUGGAUAGCUGUUUUGGCUGAGAGGGCUGGUGGCAGGUGUUUUGGCAUGCAAGAAGCUUUUGGAGGUUUGGCAGUGGCUAGUGGGAAGAGGGGCUAAAGUGGGAGGUUAUGAGCUGAAAGUGGGUGCCCAGCAUAGGAGUGUGAAGUGGCAAUUGCAGGCAGCACUGGUGACAGGAUAGUGGCAGGCAACAUGUGGAAGCAAGGGACAUUGCUAACCAUAAUCCUACUACUGGUCUCCUCCUCCAACCCAACCAGGGCAAACAAACCAGUGGGGUUUUUGGUGCAGAUUAUGGGUGUGGUCCAUCUGUAUCUUAUUUGCAGGUAAGAUGCCCCCCCAACCCUUUUGGAUUCUCCUCCUCUGCACUGGAAAUUACAGCUUCCCUUAGGCUAAAGUGGGCUCAGAUUCAGGAUUUUCUUCUUUUGCUUUUCAGAGAGAAGGCGACAUGGGAUGUCCCCUGGUCUCUAUUCUGCCAUUUCUUGUGCACUGCACUGGAUCAAACCAAAGUGGCUUUUGCUCUAGCAUUUAAGUCUGCUAUACACAAACUUUCUGCCUGUGUGCUUUUGAGAUGUGUGGGGAAAGGGAUCGUUAACUCUGUCCUGUAGGUGCUUCUAGUCACCUCCAGCAAUCUGGCCUCCAAGGAACCAAAAGCCUCUGUCAUAAACGGGCAUGGUGUGGAACAAGGAAGUCUCUCCAGAAAAUUACCACUGCCCAUUUCACGUACUAUUCUCUUGGCUGCAAAUGCUGGCAAGUCCUCUUCCAACCUGUGCUGUGCUUCUCUUUAACCUCACUCACUUCUCCUUACUGAGCAUCAUUAAAGCACAACUGUUUGAAGUCCAAGGCAACUAGGCAGUGUCUGUGAUUCCCGCCCACCCCAAAGCAAACUACAGUUCAAGUCCCAUCCAUCAAUGGUGAGGUUACCAAGGAGAUAGUAUGAACAGCUCUCCUUGAAGAUAUUAAGCACAAGGCACACUAGAGCUGCGCAGCGUACAGGGAAAACACAACCUCAUCCGAUGCCUGCUUACUAGGAAGGAAGCCCCACAGUAUUCAGUUACUCCCAGACAGAUGCUUCAGUCCCAAGCACAAAAGUCCCUGUGCAACUUGGAGUAGGCAUGGCUAAGAUCAGGCUGUUAGGAUAACACACUAGGAAGAAGUUUAGCAAACAAGCUGCCAUGAGAGACUGUGGCCAAGGAGGAAUAUGGCCAGAUAACCCCAACAGCAAGAGGUCCAGCAGAGUGAGAAUGAGAAAGACCAGCUGCCACAACAGAAGGAGGAAGAACAUUUUUUAUUAGAAAAUGCAUUUACUCAUAUAUAUCUGUGCAAGGCAUUCCCAUUUCCUAGGGUGUAAGAUUCCACUGAAGCAAGAACUUGCCUCUAAAUAUGUUCUGCUUAGAACAGAACAGUAUAAUUGAUUU